AUGAUCUGCAUCAUGAAGCUGGCAAUCGGUCAAAUCUCCCCUGGUUCCAUGGUAUUCAGCCAGUAUCUGAUGGCAGUCAUGAGAGUAUUUUGGAGAUCAAAAGAGUGGAAUAAAAAAACUUCAACAUUUGCUUCGGACAAGUUGCUGACACAAAGUAAAAAAAAGCGUGUUAAAAAAGGAAAGCCUAAGAUACCAAGAACCCCCAGUGACCAUGAGGAGUCUAUCAAGCAGCUGAGUAACUGUCAAGAGGUCACGUUCCCCUGCUCUGUCUGCCACCAAGAAAUCAACACAGCUGGAACUUUUCUCCAUAAGAAACAUCACAAUGCUCUGAGUAUGCUGGGUUUCCAGUGGAUGGGAGGGAAGAAACCAAAGCCCUCAGUGAUCAGUAUGCAGAGACAGUUUGUGAUUUCUAAACUACUGACAUCCUUCAUGUUCAGUGAAAAAGUCCUUCAGAGUAUGAAUUAUGCGUUUGAGCUGCUUUGGAAAAAACAAGUCCCAUCAUACUUCAGACUUUGUGAUAAGGUUGGCCACACUUCCACGCAUUCUCCAAACAUCUCCCAUCUGGUGAUUAAAGGGGUAGCUGUCUGUGGCAACAGCAAUUCCACCUGGAAAGCUGACCCGAAUGGUAAAUUCACAGUCACGAAUGAUUUUGGUGGUAAAGCCAAUGUGUGCUUUUUUGGCUUGUUCGAUGGCCAUCAUGGCAGUGCAGCAGCAGACAUGGCAUCAAAGGAGUUCCAGGUUUUACUUCUCCAUCAACUGUCUAAACAUGAUCCUUCCUACCAAAUGACAGCUGAGCAGCAGCAACUGAUUGAUUCCUUUCAGACUGUGUUCAGGGAAGAAUACAGAGCCAAAGAAGAGGCUAUCUCUUCCAUAUACAAAACCUUCAGAACCCAUAGACGGGAAUAUGAGGAGAUACACAAAGUCUUUGCAAAGGCGUUCUGGAGGAUGGACAGGCUUCUGCGGCUCGGAAGGAAUGAGGUUUCUCGGGUUCGGUGGAGUGGCUGCUCUGCACUCACUUGUAUCGUAGAGGCUGCAAUUAAGAACCCAUAUACUAGCAAGGACUUGACAAAAACAGACCAGCAGGGCGUUGAGAGUUUUCAUUCCCAGAAGACCUCACAGAUCAUCUCUGGGGUACUACACAUUGCAAAUGCUGGUAACGUGCAAGCAGUCUUAUGCAGAAAUGGAAAAGGGUUCUGCCUGACAAAAGAACACUCGACACGAAACAUCAAGGAGAGAAGAAGAGUCCUUCAGAGAGGAGCAGUCAUCAGUUCAAAUGGCCUCCUGGAAGGGCUCAUAAAAACCACCAGAGGUCUUGGAUUUCAUGGGAACCUCACGUUGAAGAAGUUCAUUAUUCCAGCACCCCAAACAAUUUCUGUCCCUCUGGAUGAUCUAUGUCAGUUUCUCAUCGUAGCCACUAAUGGGCUUUGGGAAGUUCUGGACAAGAAGGAAGUCACCGCACUAGUAAUAACCUUGUUUCAUUCAUAUAAAGAUACAUAUGUUUCUGGCCCUAAAAACAAGUCCUGGCUAUCUAACAAGCCUCUUUCCCCAUCAGACAGUAACAUCCGAGUGCUGUUCCAGUACAAACCUGAAUAUGAAGAAGGUAUGUCAACUACUAAUCUAAUGAAAAGGUCAUCUGAUUCAAUAUAUUCUGAAGCUUGCAUUCAUCAGGCUAAAAAUGCAGAAACAUUUUCUCCAGAAGGGAGUAAUUAUGACCCUUGUAGCAAAAAAGAAACUAACAGUUUACCUAAUAUAGACAGUAAGAAGGGAAGCAAGAAAGAACUAUAUGCUAAGAAUUUCUAUGAAGAUGCAGCUGAGUACAUUGGCUGUGAACUUGUAAGUGCUGCUUUAGAAGGUGGUUCCAGAGACAGCAUCACUGUUAUGGUAAUGUUACUCAAUGGGAGUGAGUAUCAGCUGCUGACAUAA